AUGGACGGGGUCGAUCUCACCAAGGCUGUGUUAAAUAAAGGGAAGCAGAUGGCCAGUGUGGCCGCAUCGGCCGCCAAUGGCAAUGGCGGUAAGAAAAGAAGAAAAGGCACCGACUUGAAGCCGAUCGUCACCAACGAAACAGCGGCUGAUGCUACAACAGAAGGAGCUCCCACAUUCGCCGUUCCGCAAUCGCGAUCCCCAUCCACCUCCUCCGUAGACGAAGUAGAGACGACCGCCGAAGAGGAGGAUUCCGAAGACUACUGCAAGGGAGGUUACCAUCCAGUGACGGUCGGUGAAACGUAUAACAAUGGUCGCUACGUGGUCGUGCGCAAGUUGGGCUGGGGUCAUUUCUCCACCGUCUGGUUGUCCCGCGAUACCACCACGGGGAAACACGUCGCCCUCAAAGUCGUUCGUUCCGCCGCUCACUAUACCGAAACCGCCAUCGACGAAAUUAAGCUACUGAAUCGCAUCGUCCAAGCGAAGCCAUCGCACCCUGGCCGCAAGCAUGUCGUCAGCCUGCUCGACUCGUUCGAACAUAAAGGACCGAAUGGGGUCCAUGUGUGUAUGGUAUUCGAGGUAUUGGGUGAGAAUCUACUGGGAUUGAUUAAGCGCUGGAACCACCGCGGCAUUCCGAUGCCGCUGGUGAAGCAGAUAACGAAACAGGUCCUCCUGGGAUUGGACUAUCUCCACCGUGAAUGCGGCAUCAUCCACACCGAUUUGAAGCCGGAGAACGUAUUGAUCGAGAUCGGGGACGUGGAGCAGAUUGUGAAGACAUACGUGAAGGAGGAGCAGAAGAAGGAGCAGAAAGAAGAUAAUCGCAAUGGCCGCCGGCGGCGUCGGACCCUGAUCACAGGGAGUCAACCGUUGCCCAGUCCGCUCAACACCAGUUUUGAUUUCAAACACAGCUCACAACACUCGCAUAGUAGUCUGAGUCAAAUGAUCAAUGAAGAGUCUGAACCCACAGAGAAGUCGUCCAUGAAAGAAUUGUUAGGCAUAAAGAACGAGGAUGAGAAACAAAAGCAACGAGAGAAGACCGCUGACCUACUGGAACGCGAGGUAUCCGGCAUCUCCUUAAACAAGUCUUCCGACGAGUCCAAAGAAGAACUGGAUUUCGAUAUUAUUUCAGUGAAGAUCGCCGACCUGGGAAAUGCCUGCUGGGUGGGCCACCACUUCACCAAUGAUAUCCAGACGCGACAGUAUCGCUCGCCUGAAGUCAUUCUCGGGUCUAAGUGGGGUGCGAGUACAGAUGUAUGGAGUAUGGCGUGCAUGGUCUUUGAGCUCAUCACGGGUGAUUACCUGUUCGAUCCGCAAUCGGGGACGAAAUAUGGCAAGGAUGACGACCACAUUGCGCAGAUUAUCGAAUUGCUAGGCCCCUUCCCCAAGUCGCUCUGCCUCGCUGGCAAGUGGUCACAGGAGAUCUUCAACCGCAAGGGCGAGCUGCGCAACAUCCAUCGACUCCGUCACUGGGCUCUCCCCGACGUCCUGCGGGAGAAGUACCACUUCUCGGCGGAAGAGAGCAUGCGGAUUAGCGAGUUCCUGUUGCCCAUGUUGGACAUCUCGCCCGAAAGACGCGCCAAUGCCGGUGGCAUGGCAUCCCAUGAGUGGAUUAAGGACACACCGGGUAUGGGUGACACCGGUCUGGGCAUUCCUCCGGGCAGUCGGGGCGAAGGAAUUGACGGGUGGGCGUCGGAGGUGAAGCGGAGAUAG